AUGAAUAAUAACAAUCCUUUGCAAGUACCAUUAGAAACAGUUAAAAAACCAAAAGUGGUCAAACGUUCGUCGACUGCCUUUUCGAUCUCGCCUUAUUUUCAAAAUUAUGACCCAACCAAACCGGUCGAACCAACAACGGUCGAAAAACUAUUAUCAGAAGCCGGAUCAUUUGGAAUCUAUCAAAUUUUUGUAUUUCUCCUACUUGGAUUUUCAGCCGUUAUACCAUCAAUGAUAUCUUUUUCUUACACAUUAGCAGCAGGUAUUCCACCUCAUCGUUGUAAAUUAUAUGAAAAUGAGACGUACAUUGCGAUAAAUCCUCAACAUCAACUUCUAAUAGAAAUAUUUAUUCCUGAAUAUAAUCAGUUGACGAAACAAGAUUACCAGUGUACGUUCAACAGAAAAAUACCUAAAGAAACGAUAAAAUAUUUAACAAAAAAUUUAACAUCACAUACGAUAGAAGAAAUAAUAAAAAGUAUUGAUAAUGAGACAUUGAAAGAAAGUGAAUUUAUUAAAUCUCAAUCAUAUAUUACGCCAAUAGCGACAAAAUAUAAGCGGGUUCAUGUUUUUCUUAAAGAUGCACCUUGA